GUGGAUAUGUUUUUAACAACACUUCGUAGCGUCACGUGACAAAUUUCAACAUGGCGCUCUGCUGUGCAAUUAGCAAUGAGGUCCCUGAACAGCCGGUCAUCUCACCAGUAUCUGGACACGUGUUUGAAAAACGUUUGAUUGAAAAAUAUAUUCAAGAAAAUGGAGUUGAUCCAGUUUCAAAUGAGAAACUGGCAGCUGAUAUGCUCAUACCUGUCAAAACAUCAACAGUUGUGAAGCCUCGCCCACCCUCAGCCACAAGCAUCCCAGCCAUAUUAAAGUCCUUACAGGAUGAAUGGGAUGCAGUGAUGCUGCACAGUUUCACCUUGAGACAACAGCUCCAGACUGCAAGACAAGAGUUGUCUCACGCCUUGUACCAGCACGACGCCGCCUGCCGUGUCAUUGCUCGUCUCAUCAAGGAGGUCACCGCCGCUCGUGAAGCUUUGGCAACACUGAAGCCACAGGCAGGCCUGACAACCCCAGCCCCGGGCUACAACGCCCCAGCCCCAAACCCUGCCAUCGCUGCCGAUGCUGGUCCUGAGACUGCCACACAACCCGCUGAGGAGGCCGUCAUGAGCGAUGAAGUCAUACAGAAGGGUCUGCACAGUGCCAGUGUUCCUGGCAUCCUGGCCAUUGACUUGUGCCUCAGAGACACGUCUCGCCUCGUGACGGGCGGGAACGACAAAAACGCUGUCGUGUUCAACAAAGACACAGAGCAGGUCAUGGCCAUUCUCAAGGGUCAUACGAAGAAGGUCACAAGUGUCAUCUACCAUCCAGAGGAGGAACUGGUCAUCUCUGCUUCUCCGGACAACACUAUCCGCGUGUGGGGUAUCCAGACCGCAACCUGUGGACAGAUCAUCCGCGCACACGACGCUCCAGUCACAGGCAUCAGUCUCCACGCCACAGGAGACUACCUACUCUCCUGUUCAACAGACAUGCACUGGGCUUUCUCUGACAUCAGGACCGGCCGAGUUCUCACUAAAGUAUCGGAAAAGACAGGACAAAUCAUGCCAGCGUUGACGUGCGCACAGUUCCAUCCUGACGGCCUUAUCUUUGGCACCGGGACGGAUGAUUCCAUCAUCAAAAUCUGGGAUCUGAAGGAAAGGGCCAAUGUGGCCAACUUCCAGGGCCAUCAAGGACCUAUCACCAGCAUCUCCUUCUCUGAAAAUGGUUACUACCUGGCCACAUCGGCGGAGGACUCGGUGGUGAAGCUGUGGGACUUGCGCAAGUUGAAGAACUUCAAGACGCUUGCGCUGGAGGACAACUACGAGGUGAAGGGGCUUUGCUUCGACCAGAGCGGAACGUACCUCGCCGUGGCAGGCUCCGAUGUCAGGGUGUUCCUAUGUAAGCAGUGGAACGAGCUGGCUGUCUUCAACGACCACACAGCGGCCGCCACGGGCGUGCGGUUCGGCCACAAUUCUUCCUUCCUGGCCUCCGUCAGCAUGGACAGAUCCGUCAAGUUCUUUGGUCUCUCCGAGUAGAUGUGACUUUAUUUAGUAGUAAGACGUUGGCUGAAGCAUUGUAUUUUUCUGGUGUUUAACCCUAUCCGUACGCCCCGGGGUCAUUUUGUACCCCGUGGUUGUGUUCUUAACAUUUUAGAAUACUUCUUGUAUGAAGGUCUCUUUG